CACAGUGGGGAAGCCAAGAUCUAAGAGCCUCACAUCACAAACAGCUGCAGCUCCAGAUAUGGGGAGCUCUCCUUUGGCAUGGAUCUUCCUGACAAGCUUAUUGCUGAGGAUCACAGAGCCAGGGGAUUGCAAGGUGUAUUAUGAUUGUGGAGCUGUACUGAACCCUUCAGGCACAGACCUUAUUUUAUCUCCAGGAUUUCCCAACAACUACCUCCCUGGCUCUCACUGUCUGUGGCAGAUCUUAGUUCCCCCAGGUUCCACUGUUGUGUUGGAAACUCUGGAUUUUGAUGUAUUUGAUAGCUCUGGUAAUGAUGAAUCUGCAACCAGCUAUGCCUUUUCCGAAUUCAGCUCUCACUCUGAAUAUAAGAGCGAUAGAAAGGACAAUUAUACAAAGGAUAAUUUGUCUAACGAUCUGGAAAUAGGACUGACAGCAGAAAAUGAGGGUUACCAAAAUGAGUCCAACAACCAGAUGUACACAGAAACAAGUGAUAAAGGAAAUAAACCAGUGACAGAUCUGACAACGGAUCAGAACUUUAUCAGUCAAAUAUCAAGCACACCAUCUGCAGCUACAGGGAAAUAUGAAAGCCUGACUGAAGAAGUCAACACCCCUAUGCAUCUUCUACCAGCGGUCACAAAUAAAAUGGCAACAGUUCCCUUUGAACAGGUGAGUGAAGGUGCACCAUCAAUAGGCAUUGGAACUGACCCCUUCACUACACCACCUCCAGUACUGGAAAUGUGCCCACUUGAUGUCCUCUAUAUCACCGACCUGGUCACUUACUCUGCUCGGUUUUGUGGAUCUAUUUCUCCUAUAAAUAGAAGUCUCACCUUUGGGUCUCCUGUUGAGAUGAUCGAGGUGAUUUUGGAGCUAAUUACAACUACUAACCGUGGCCAUGGCUUUGCAAUCCUCUUGUCUUACCGUAACCAGUCUUUGGUGACUACUAUGGGUCUUCAGGAGAGACGGGGCAGGGAAGGUGUAGAGCUGUUGGCUGUGAUUGCUGCUACCAUGACAUUUGCUUUGGUACUUAUGCUGGCAAUUUGCCUGACUUAUAGGCAGAAGAUAUGUCACAAAAGAGAACACAGUGACAGCCAGAUCACCACACAAGUGAAUGGAAUACAGAAUACUGCCCUAGAAGUCAAUGAGCUUCAAUUAGUUGUAUCUGAUGAAGACUUACAAAGCGCAGAGUUUGAAAAUGCCAGUCAUUUUGAAGGGGUUGCAGAUGUUUCUCAGCAGUCACAGCUGGAUGAUCCUUCUUCAUGUAUUAUUGCAGUGACCGAUUCUAACAGUGAUGAGGUUUUUAUUAUCUCACCGGGAAAUCGCACAAACUGUAACACCCUAAAUUCUACCCAUUUACAGGUACGAAACCUAAAGAGAAGUGUAACAAGCCCUGCUUCUGUAUCUGAUUUGCUCACCUCAGAUUACACAAGUGUGGAUUUAACUGUAGAGGACAAAGCCAAUGAAGGUGAAGAAGUAGAAGCAGCCAGGCAAAGGGCCUGGAGUGUCCGCCCUUUUAACAGCCUAUUGCCCCAACUACAGAUGAAAUGGCGGAGUCGUACCUCUAGUGGUUCUUUCACAAAACUGGUAGAUAGCGGUGCUGUACCUGUGAAGAGACUAAGCCCCAAGAUCCCCAGAAGAAUUGGGUCUGCUGCACAGAUUGGAGAAAAUUCUACUCGCUUAUAUUCAGAAUCUGCAGGCAGUAAUGCAUCCUAUCCCCUUACCCACUCUGCACAUCUCAAUAGAAAUCUCCCGUUGAGCAACCUCAAGAGGACACGACCAUGUUUAAGAUUGCUGAAUGAUUCCUCUGACUGUGCCUGCUGUGACCAAACAUCUGCCUUUGCAAAGGAGAAUCACAGUCUGUGCCAUAAACCUACCACAGAGUAUUCAAACUCACACAAAAUAACAGCAACCAAUGCAGGGCAAGCCAGAGAUCUCUCAAUGGACUUGGAAAAGCCAAAUACUGUGAAGAGGCAGAUGAUCAGCGGCCCUUGGUAUUUGAUGACCCAGCUGGGCGCCCCCACGGAGUGUGAAUUGCACAGUUCUGAAAUGGAUUGCAAAGAUAAUAACUGCUCCCUUGUAUUGAAAGGGUCUUGCUGUAAUGUUAGUCCUUGGAUGAAGUCUCCAGAUGCUUCCGUUUUUAAGUGUGUACAAAAGAAUGUGUCAUUGGGUUCACUCGGGAGUCUCAACCCUCACUGCACUACAACGGUGGGUAGACCCGACUCCGCAAGAAGCGCAGCUUUCCAAUCCCCACCAAUAGGAGUAGUAACGGAAUGAUUGACUGAACUUGAUGACAAUUAACAGGGGUUAUUAUACCAGUAAUAAUAAUUCCAUCUGAUAUUUCAUGGUGAUCAAGUAAUCCACUUCUUCUGGAAACAUUGACAAAGUCACCGGCAAACAAGAACCAUCGGUGCCAAGUGUUUUCAUGAAAGGCAACUGCCAACGUCUCUUGUAUUGCAGUACGGACGCACAUUAUCCAUAUGAUAAUUCCAAUGUGUAUUUCACAGUCUAAUUAAUACAGUACUUCUGUCUUCAGUAUCCAUCCUGUCUCUUGUUGUUGUCAGACUUUGAGAUCUACUUAAAUUGCUUUAUUGGGACCAGGAGAUUUUAAUGAUUUGAAUUGUACAAAUGAACAGGGUGUAUAGUGUACACUGCGCACAACUUUUUAUUUUUUUAUUUCCUCACAAGUCAUAAGGCACAGAAGAAUGAUCCUACUCAUUAAACGGAAUCCGUCACCGGGAAAUUCACUGUUAAACCAGGCACAAAGCCUUGUAGAGCUAGCUCAGCUGAAUGUAAUGGUACAUUUCACCUAGGGAUCGGUUCCUUCAUUCUGGAGAAAAAGUACUUUUAAUAGUUUAUUUGCAUAUAGAUUAAGUGCACCAGGGGCAUAACCCAAGCCACUCUGUGCGCCUUCUGCUUCCCAAAUUCCUGAAUAGUCAAGUGAAAGAUAUCAUUACAUUCAGCUCAGCUAACCCUACAAGGUGUAUUACCUAGUUAACAGUUUACUAGCGACGGACUCCCUUUAACGCACAAUGAAACCAUUUAUUAAACACUGCAAUAGCCAUUGUUAUAUAGCUAUCACCUCGGACCCUUCUUUUAGGGCUAAUCGCCCCCCACAAAUGCUGUUCACUUAUAUCAUGUCAUCCUUUGCACGGUAGUUGGGUAUCUUAAUGUAUAAUCACUAUUUUAGAGGCAGGCUGUGUAAUCCUUUGUAUCUAUUUACUGUCUGGACAAUCCUUUACUGUAAUGACCUACGUGAGAAAAUACAGCACCAACGGAGAAAGGUUUGGGCUUAGGCUUAUCCAUGUCAGAUUUGCAUAUUGCAAAUCCCACAUGAAUAUUCCAAGGAAAUCAGAGACUGAAACCUGGAUUUCUGUGCCAGCGGAUCCGCACAUGGAAUAGUCUUAUUGUCAUUCCAUGGAAUUAAAGGGGUUGGCCGAGUUAAAUAAAAACUUGUGUAUGUGGCAAAAUAAUAAAAUAAUCAAUAUUCUUCCCCGUUGAUUUGUUUUCCUCACUGCAGCAGUGACCUCCCGUGUACUAAUAGUCAGUGAUUGGCUGCACAGUGACUUGUGUGCAUGGAACGUCACCGCUAGGAAGAUAACAUUAGUGGCAGGGAGCAGUGGCGCUCAGUGCUGGAAGUGGCAGCGGAGAAAAAGGGGUCAGCAUUCAUUCUUUUGUUAUUUUACCACAUUUUCAGGGGCAGCUCAAGUUUUUUGACAGCCACUUUAAUCUGUGGCAAUAAUGAACAUGCUGUGCAUUUAAAAUAAAAUCGCCACUAUUUGAAACAGUUUUUUGUUUUCUGUUGCAAAUGUAUGGGGUAAAAAAUACCCAAUUUAUUUGCAUUAUCUGCUUAAUGUUGGCAGAUUCUGUCACAAUUUAGACCCAAAAUUCUGAUCUAAUCCUGACUGUUGAAACAUGGCCUUACUGGCACUUGCAUUAAUGAGAAGCUUUACUGGAUGAUUGCGUUGUUCUGUACUGCAAUACUAGGGUCGUAUAGGAGUGCUGAAAAUGACACUAUUACAGCACAUGCAUAUUGCUGAUUUUUGUUGUUGCAGUUUUACUAAUAUUGGCAACCAUGUUUUCUUUAAUAAAGCACUACAGCGUCAA